AUGAUGAAGAGCCUUUUUUCGUCUCUCUUACUUGUCUCUGUUCUGUUUAUGAACAGCUUCUCAGAAGUGCAGGGAAAGAAAUGGCAAGGUGAAGGUACAACACUAAAUUUGGAAAGCAUUGUCAUUGGAAGAUGCUAUGACUACAUCAGAAUUGUGAAUCCUGCUGUUGGUGAGAAGAAUUGUUCAAAGAUAUGGGAAGCAUUUAAAAAUGCAUUUAUUGACAAGGAUCCUUGCAGUAUUCUACCUAAGGACUAUGAAUUAUUUAUCAAUCUGUCAUUCCACGCAAUUCCACCUAACAAGUCUCUCUUCUGGGAAAAUAAUCACCUGCUGGUCAAUAGCUUUGCUGACAGAGGCCGUCGCUACAUGUCUCUGGCCAAUACUCUCUUUGGCUACUUGGCAGAUUUUCUGAACUGGUGUGGGCAGGCAAACAGCACUGGACUGGACUAUGAAUCCUGCCCUACUACAGAGGAAUGUGAAAACAACCCAGUGGAAUCUUUCUGGAGAAUAGCCUCAACCACUUAUGCACAGCACAGUUCUGGAGUGAUUCAUGUCUUGUUGAAUGGUUCUGCUGCUGGAGGAGCUUAUCCAGAACCAGGUUUUUUUGCAGAUUAUGAAAUACCUAAUCUCCAGAAAGACAAAAUCUCAGAAAUUGUCAUCUGGGUUGUGGAUGAUAUUGAAGGACCAGAUAGAGAGUCCUGUGGAACUUUUACUGUAGAGAUAUUAGAAAACAGGCUGAAAAAACUUGGUUAUGACGUCACCUGUACUGACAAUUACAAGUCUGUAAUGUUUUUACUCUGCCCGGAUCAUCCUGAUGAUUCUAAGUGUGCCCUUUCAUCAUCUGCACCAGCAGCACAAAGAGGACCUAUCUCUUCAGACAGAGGAGGCAGCUGGGACGGUCUCAUGUUUGUUUCUUUUGCAGGCUUUUUGUUCAGACUUGAUUUAGUGUACUAA